AUGUCGAUGCCAAUAUCUGCCCUUCUUUUGGACUGUCAGAAUGCCGUCAAAGCCAAGAAGUAUGGCGCAGCCUUGGACACGCUCAAAUCAGCCUUGCGAGCAGCGCAUAACGACGGCAAAGCAGAUCAUGUCAACAUCCUCGACCACCGCGUGGCCGUCUAUCUCAGUAUGGAGUCCCUCGAUCUUGCGCUUAAGGAUGCCAAAGACAUGAUUCGGCACGAUCGAAAGGAUGGACGCGGUUACUUGAGGUGCGGUCAGAUUGAACGACUCCUGGGGAACCAAACUGCUGCCAUAAAUUGGUACAAGCAAGGGUUGAAGCGCGUGCCCAGCGGCCAGCGCUCCUUCCUAUCGCUUCAAAAACAAAUGGAGAAGGUUGAGAGUCAAGUCCAACAGGCCCUGGUCUUUACGAAGGCCAGUGAUCCCAUGCUUACCAUGCCCCUCGAGACGGUCGAACUUAUUCUCUCUUUCCUGAGCUACAAGCAAAUUAUCAGCCUUCUUCGCGUCUCUAAGUCUUGGAACAAAUUGCUCUCUAGCCUGCCACCACUGAUCGAUACCAUUGACUACCAGGCUCCGAAGAGGCCGAUCAAUCUUUCCAUGCUCCGGGCCACGCUCAGGAAGUUGAAAGUCCCCAGAUCUAUCACCGCAACUCAAAUGUACCCUGAAGCAAGGCAGGAGCUUGUACGGAAGCUCCGAAGCUGGAAGAACUUCAAGGAGCUGAGUCAUCUGGAAUUGCGACUCGACGAGUAUCCGCCAGAAGGCCUUCCUUUCCAGGAAUACAAACUCAAAAGCCUUGUGCUCAGUGCCGCUAGCACCAACACAACGGGUAAUCUCAAUAUCGACAUUUACGGUGAUGUUCUCCCCAAGUGCCCAAGUCUGGAAGUAUUGGUCUUGCGUAAUCUCAGAGGGAAUGUAACGAGCCCCAGACUGAGCUCACCUGCUCUCUGUCUCCGCAAACUCGUAAUCCAUACCGAAAAUGGCAGCUCGUCUACAGCAUCGGCUUACAACAUCACCACCAACAUGCCGAACCUCAGAGAAGUUUCAUUACAAGCAGUCUGGCUAAUAACGGAUGAUACCCGCAUUGGGCGGCAGAUCACAGACCUGCGAUGCCUGGAGGGACUUGAGACUUUGCACCUGAACCCUGGGUGUAUAACCUACCAACUAUGUCUCCCCGCCCAGAUUCAAAACCUACGAAUCCAUUAUCUGGGCUACCACAUCUACCGAGGAUCCGAUGACCCCCCUCUUACGCGCCUGACCAACUUGAGAACACUAGAUCUCAAACUGAAGGAGUGGCCGACAUGCCUGGAAUCGAAUUACCUGCCAACGGAAGUGGAGACUAAUCUAGCAGAGCUUUGCCUGGACGUGGACGUCAGCCUUGAACGGCAAGGCCUAGAACUCCUGGAGCACGGCUGCGUCAAACGGCUCCGGCACCUGCAAUUCACCUGUCAACGUCUCACGGACAGCCACAGCGCGAGUUUCAUCGAGCAUAUGCCGCAGCUCGAGACCCUGACUCUACGCGACGCUGCCAUCACCGGGGUGUUCAUCAUGGAUCUGCUCAAGACCCCAACCUGCCGACUCCGGGAGGUUCAUCUGCAGGGCUGCCUCACUGUUUCAGGAGACAUCGUUCCAUGGGCAAAAGCCCGCGGGGUGAAUCUGACCAUUAAGAAGAACGUCGAGCUGGCAAAAGGGCAGCGCAGGGUCCGGGAGGGCUGA